AUCUGUGAAACAAAUAAAUUUUCAAUUGUAAAAAAAACUAACUAAUAUAGUUAAUUUAUAAUUUUUGGUAGUUGUACUUGUUUAAUUAAAAUCCUGACUUAUAUUUACUGACAAUAACGCAGUAAAACUGCUUUAGAACUCUCAAAGUGUGUGACAAAAAUCACCAUUAAGUGAUAGGUUUACUAUCUACUUCUUAUAUAGCUAUGGUACUUAAUAAAAGUUUGUUAUUGCAAAAGCAUAACUGUGCUGUUGACAAAGAUUUAAAAUAAUAACAUGGAACAAUGUCUAAAAAAACCAAAAUUAGAUACAAGCAUAAAAGAAGGAGAAGCAGAAAUUUUAGUUAACAAUGCAAAUGUAUUUUACAAUCCUGUUCAAGAAUUUAAUAGAGACCUUGGUGUGGCUGCCUUAACAGCUUUUAUAAAAGACAUACAAGAACAAAAAACCGAAAGAAAUACAAAAAAAGAAGAUGGGAUCACUGUAUUAGAAGCUUUAUCUGCCACUGGUUUACGUAGCAUUCGAUAUGCUAAAGAAGUAAAAGGCAUAAAGCAAAUUGUAGCCAAUGAUAUCUGUGCAAAGGCUGUAGAAAGCAUUAAAAAAAAUAUACAACAUAAUGGAGUUGAAAAUCUUGUAAAACCAAGUCAUGAAGAUGCAACUUUACUCAUGUAUCAAAGUAGAAAGAACAAGUUCGACAUGAUAGAUUUAGACCCAUAUGGUUGUCCUACCAUAUUUUUGGAUGGAGCAGUACAAUGUGUAUCAGAUGGUGGAUUGCUUAUGAUCACGGCUACAGAUAUGGCAGUAUUAGCUGGUAAUAGCCCUGAAACUUGUUUUCUCAAAUAUGGAGCUAUCUCCUUGAGAUCUAAAGCUUGCCAUGAAAUGGCACUAAGAAUAUUAUUACAAAGUAUUGCUUCGCAUGCAGGGCGUUACGGUAGAUACAUAAUACCACUACUUUCUAUAAGUGUUGACUUUUAUAUAAGGGUAUUUGUUAAAGUAUUCUCUAGUCACAUUAAAUGCAAAGAGAAUGCAACUAAAAUUGGAAUGGUGUAUCAGUGUACAGGUUGCGAGAGUAUUAAUACGCAACCAUUAUGUUAUAAGAAGUCCACUGGAGGCUACAAAUUAACAUCUUCGCCUUAUGUGGAUCAACUUUGUAAAAUCUGUCAGCAUAAGCAACAUGAAGGAGGACCAAUAUGGUUAGGUCCUUUGCAUAAUGAAUAUUUUGUAAAUAAUCUUUUAUGUAAUUUAGACAGUAUAAAGUUGGGAACAUUCAAAAGGAUGGUAGGAGUUUUAAAUGUUAUUCAUGAAGAAUUAAAUGUUCCAUUAUAUUACACUCUUGAUCGUUUAAUGUCGAUAGUCAGAUGUGUCACACCAUCAAUGUUAAUAUUCCGCUCUGCGUUGUUAAAUGCAGGCUAUCGUGUAUCGUAUUCGCAUGCUUGCAAAACAUCUAUAAAAACGGAUGCUCCAAAUGAAGUUAUAUGGGAUAUUGUACGCGCAUGGGAAAAAAAUAAUUCCGUGAAAAGGGAUAAAUUAUCAAACGACAGUCCCGCUAUAAAAAUAUUAAAUACACCAACGACAACAAAUAUUUCAUUUGAUAUACAUCCGUUGGCAAAUCCAAUAUCCAGACUAAACAAGCUAACACGAUUUCAACAAAAUCCUACAGUUAACUGGGGUCCUGGUACACGUGCAAGAACAAGGAUAGACCUAGAAAAUGGUGUAGAAAAUUCAAAAAAAAUAAAAAACCAAAAUAAAAAUUCGAGAAAAGAGAAAGCACAUAUAGCAAACGACACUGAGGAAAUAAAAUCUUUAUAAAAUAGAUUUAUAUUCUUAUAUCAUCUUUUUAUGUCGAAAAAUGAAAAUGUAUAUAAACGA